AGUAAGAAGUAAAAUGGUGGUUUGGUUGGAAGAAGGGAAAAAAAUGUAUACAGAGGAAAGAACAAGUUUGCAGAGUAAAGCAACACUUGAGCCAAUAAUAAGCACACAACACAAAGAGAAGCUGAUGCUUGUCGCAGUCUCUGUUCUCGUCAUCUCGACCGUUCCGAAGAUCUGAGGACGAAACCAAUCUCCUUCAACCUCUAUUAAUCAAAAGCAUUCCAGCAAUCACAGAGUGGGUUUCAAGGAUUUGUGAAGAUUUUCAGUAAAGGCACUAGGUGGUAAUCUUUUUGAACAUGAACAACCCUCAUCCUGAUGAUGAUCACGAGGACACCACGGUUGACGGAUUUGAAGUACCUGUUUCGCCGGUUUCAAGUUACAACAAUGUAUAUGCCGCAACUGAAGACGAGACAAGAGACCCUCCAGCUGUACCGCCACAUCUUCAACACUCUCUCUUAGGCAAUACAGGUAGCACGGAGUUGCCUUGUGCACCACAGAGUGUCGUCCUGAACCAUCUCUAUAUCGAAAAUCGAGACCCCCCAAGAUCCGUUGUAGCGCUUGGCUUCUCGCAUCGGUUCAGGUCUAAGUAUGUCACUGUGGUGAUAUACAAGCCGGUCCAAAGAAGAGGAAACGCCAAUGUUUGAUGAUGCAUCUUCUUAAUAUAGUGUUGGGAGCUUGUUUCUUUAUGGAUUCAGUUCGGUAUAUACAAAAACCAGCUGGUCCGAACUAAAUUUCUUCCUAUCAGGUUAGGGAAUUCGAUUGAAAUCAUCUGUGUAGACGUUUAUAUAAAAUUUACCUGCAUUGUUUGUAAUAACUCGCUUUAGGUUUGGUUGUUUAACCGAACCCACAUACAUCUCUCUUGAAGAUAUGCAUUUAAUCAUGUUUAAAAUUAAAA